UAAAGACGAUCGAGCGAUAACACGAUCGCAAUAAAAUUUCGUAAAAUUAAAAUCAUAAUUUUAGCUGCAAGAAGUCUGCGAAUAUCUAUGUAUUUAUUGAUUCCUACAAAUUGUAUCCCACGUAUGUGUCAUACUACGACGCCUAUUGAUUUUUAAAGGACACAUUCGAUUGGUCUACGUAUGUCCUGGUAUCUAACACGUAUGUGUAUGAAUAAGCAUCCAUGACGACCCCAUUAUGAGUUUAGACCACAACACAGAAAGUGCACUUGAAAUAUUACGAGAAUCACAUAUAUGACAGUUUAUUUGAAACUUUUGAGCCGAGUAGAACGAUUCUAAUUCCGAAUAUCAAAAUUAGCAUAAUGAAGCAUCAGCAAGUUGUGGUUGACUAUUGGACCAUGUUUAAGACAUCGGGAAUGUGCAUACUAUUGGCCAUUUCUGGCUUUAUAUUCCUCAAAAUGGUGCAAACUAUCUUUUGGCUGCCCAAUCAUCUGAAGCGUAAUCAAGAACGACUUGAAGCAAUUGCCAAGCAAUAUGGUAAGGAUAUGGAUGAGGACGAAAGAGCUGAAAUCGAAAAGAUCUUUAAUAGUGAAGGACCCCUCUCCGAGGAUAAAUUAAAUGAAUUGCUGGACAACACAAAAGAGGAACCCAAAAAAGAACAGUAGAAAGCUUAACCAUCUAUUAACUUGUAAAUAUUUAAAGAAUUUUGUUCAGUUUAAAACAAUAUAGAGCAUAUAUAUAUUAUUAAUAUGUAUGUUGAAACAAUAAUUUCUAGUUUUGAUCUCUGAUUACACGUUAGACAUUACACAUUCACGUUAUUAAACAAUUAAUUAAUAUCAAGCAA